UCAACAUCAACUACAGAUGAAGAGACAGACCAACAGAAAAAAGGUCAGAGGAAGAGAAGAGACAGAAGUCAUGUCCAAAGUAUGGACAGCUUUCACAUGUCAGCAGGUCAGUGUGACAUCAACUUGGAGGAAAUAACAGAAAAAUGUGUUCAUGACAAAACAUUAAGAAAAAUUGCUUCAAAGAAGAAAUGGAAAAAAAAAGAGAAAACGAAGAAGUACUCUUGUCAAGAGUGUGGAAGAACUUGUACAACUGCUCAAAGUUUGAAGUAUCACAUGUUUACCCAUACAGGAAAAAGGCCUUAUUCCUGUAAAAAAUGCGGCAAAAGGUUUGUUCAAAAGUCUCAUGUUACGUGUCACAUGUUAAGUCACACCGGAGAGAAGCCUUAUUCCUGUAAGGAAUGCAACAAAUGUUUCCGGUAUAGUUCUGUGCUCACUCAUCACAUGUAUACUCACACAGGAGAGAAGCCUUAUUCCUGUAAGGAAUGCAACAAGGAUUUCAGAAAUAAAACUCAUCUCUCUUCUCACAUGCUAACUCACACCGGAGAGAAGCCUUAUUCCUGUAAGGAAUGCAGCAAAAGUUUCACUCAAAGGUCUCAUUUAACAUCUCACAUGUUAACCCACACUGGAGAGAAGCCAUAUUCCUGUAAAGAAUGCAACAAAUGUUUCCGGUAUAGAUCUGUCCUCACUCAUCACAUGUUAACUCACACAGGAGAGAAGCCAUAUUCCUGUAAGGAAUGCAACAAGGAUUUCAGGAAAAAGUAUAAUCUCUCAUCUCACAUGUUAACUCAUACCGGAGAGAAGCCUUAUUCCUGUAAAAAAUGCAGCAAAGGUUUCACCCAAAGGUCUCUUGUCACACGACACAUGUUAACCCACACAUGGUAGAAACAGCUUUGUAUUUCCAGUCCAACAAUCAUUCCUCCUUUUCAGGAGAAAUAAUUGCAGGUAUCACAAAAAAUAAAUAAAUUACGGGUAUCACUGUAAGCUUCAUGUUCUGUGAUAAAUGAUUUUUGUUUACAGAGGUUCAUUUUUUAAGGUAAAGUAGACCUGUGUUUAAAUUGAAGCAGGUUAGUUCAUUAGAGAAAGUGUUUUUUAAAUGUUCCUAAAUAACUGUUUUUUUUGCCAUUUCAGAAGCACCUUGUGUGUGUCAAUUCUGAACAAAAAACUUUGGGGUUUUUUUUGUUAGUUGCUUUUAGGAUCCUGUUACAAAGUGUCAAAUAAAAGACAAUAUUUGUUAGUUUGUAUUGGAGUUAAUAUGAAAUAAUAUUGUUAAUUAAUUAAUUUUGAAAUGAUAACCAAGUCAUAGAUCCAUCAACCGUUACCUGCUAGCUAGUUUACCUUUGUCUACACCUGUGUUUCCAAGUGAAGCAGGUUAGUUCAUCAGAGAAAAUAUUUAUUAAAUGUUUCUAAAUAAAUGAUUUUCAGCUGUUUCUGAA